GGGAGAGCAACGUGCGUCUCCCGGAAGGACGCUUGAUCCACGUGUGACUUGCUUUGUAAUUUUUUGCAGGGUUACCAUGUCUCGGCGGAGUGUUAAGAUUAAAACUGUCGAAAAUCCUUCAUCUGAUCCGAGUCCCAGUCUAGAGCUGGAGGAACCGCUGCAGACCCGGAGUGGUCGCCGACUACUAUCUCAGCCGGUUGCGGUCACAGAAGCUGCUCAGCAGACGCCUCAGUCACGCCGCCGACCCGCCAGAAAGUCGCAGAGGCUUCAUUCCGAAGAAGUAGAGGACACAACUUCGAAAGACUCGGAAACUUUACCACAGACUACAGAAGAAGCGACAUCUCCGGCAAAGAAAGAGUCCAGAAGCCAGGGAAGCGCUGAAGCCGAAGAUGAGGCAGUCGAGCCGAAACCGAUCGAUCGUAGUGGCGAGGCGCAUCGAGCUGUUAACGAAGAAACCGACUGUCCGGUCAAAGAGGACAAGAAAGAGGAGUCGACUGGGCCACAGAAACAGGACGGCGGGGAGUCAAAACGGAUAAAAAUGGAGAAGGACGAAGCGAAAGCCGCACGUGAAAAGGAGCAGGUCCGGCUGACAAACGGCAAACCCGUCACGAACAACCAAGUACCGAUUCCGCUGGGGAAGCCGAAGUCUGGGCGCGUCUGGAAAGACAGGACAAAAAAGAGGUUUUCAAGUAUGCUGAAGAGCAAGUCACUCUGCACCUCCUGGGAAAAGAAGAUGCAAGAGAAACAAGAGAAAAAGAUGAUGAAACAUUUUGCCAGGCAGCUGCAAGAAGACAAAGCCAAAGAGAAGGAGGCAAAGCGCCUACGCAGGGAGGAAAACCUAAAACGAAAGGCCGAGAAUGAACUCAAGUCUGAGAUUGUCCAAGUGAUCCACAACCCUGCCAAGAUCAAGCGCAUGAAGAAGAAGCAGCUGCGGCAGAUUGAGAAGAGAGACACACUAGCCCUUAUGCAGAAAAAGAAGAAUGAACCAAAGAGCCGGAAGCCUCACAAAAAGACGAAGGCAGAGGAUGGCGCACAAGAAGCAGUAAAAUGAGGGCACACCAGUAAAGUCUCGAUUGACUCUUUGUAAACAUUGAAUGUAAGGAGAAGCUUGGAGGUUCAAGUCGUGUCCGGUAUUCCAGCAGCCUGUUUUAUGAGUUAGUAGAACUAACGUGUGAAGACGUCAAACACACACGCACACCGUAACAUUUUUGUCAAAAGCCAAAAUGACUGAGAGUGAGUUACGAUCGUAGCGGCACAGGUAAAUAAAGUCUUUAAGUGCCUUGUCCAGAUGUAAUAAUAAAAAAUUUGUAUGUAUGUUUUAAGUGUGUAAAAUUUAGGACAUUUUUAAUUUAUCUUUAGAUUUUUUUCAUUACUUUCAGAUAACUGCAUAUAUAAUACUCUCCAACCCUUUAAUCCAAAUUCAGUGUUACAUCGGCUCUUUAUGGGGUGUGAUGCCCCGGACGCCAGCAGACCAACAUGGACUAAGACAAUUGAGGACACAAACAAUAAAGUCUGAUGCAAAAAGUGGUCGGUGCUUUUUAUUUUCAAACAAUCCAAAGUCCAGCAGCGUUCAUAAAGUGCAGUUCAAUAAAUAAUCUGUGAUUCAAAACCGGGCUGACCAUUAACCCUUUAAGCUCCAGCCCAUUUUUUGCUGUUUUCUGCUCCUUUGAUUUAACUGACUAGAACUUCAACAUCCUUCACCCAGUUAGUUACGUUGUACACGUUACAUCAGAAUAAGCUGCAAAUUCUUUUUAACAUUUGUUACAUAAAUAUGUACUUUUGAAUGUUAUUUUUAUUUCCACAGGUAUGGAAUAGGCUUCCAAAAAUCGUAAAAGUGUUGGUGAAUGUGUCAGUGACGUCCAGAA